AUGUCGUCCGCCCUUUUUGCAACCAUUGUAUCCACCAUCAGUCUUUCGCUCGUCGAUGGUGCUACCUCUGAUGUCAUGACUAGCACGAUCCCAGGCAUCCCAGGCUGCUCUCGGAGCCCAUACAGUGCCCGACUCUUCUUGCCUUUUAUUCUAGUGUUCGUGUUUCAACUGGGACUGGUCUGCCUCACGAUCAUACGCGUUAUACAGAGCGGGCGGUCGGCCAAGAGCCCUCUGUACAUCGUACUGGUGAAGCAUAACAUAUUCUACUAUGCAUGCGGUCUGUGUGAGUCAGGUAUUUCCGUGCUCAUCAGCGAUGAUUACCGUUUCAAAAGUUUUGUCGGCCGUGAACGUCAUUCUGCAAAUGCUUGUGGAUAUGUAUUUCGUAUACUCCUCCCUCGUACGGUCUUUAUUCUUGCAAUCCUCGCCACGCGUAUGCACCUCCACCUCUGGUAUACUAAGCGGCACGUGCACGGCUCUGAGGCCCUCGUGUGCAUUUCUGUGUCCGACAUGCUACAUGUUGACUGUACGGCGUGACGCUUGGCUUAUUGGGCGGGGUGGACUUUGAUCUACGAGAUGAUUCGUCGGAUUUGGAAAUUGGGACGUGCUUGUAUAACCCCCUCAUAGGAAUCUCCUUUU